AGGAUCCUUUCGCAGCGGGAGAAGAGGGACCGGGAGGCGCGGGAGGCUGGUCCGAGGCCCCUGACUGACGCACCGCGCCGGGCUGAAGAGGCUUCAUGUGGAAGCCGAGCCAGAAAGGAAAGGGGGGAGGGGGGAAAGGCGGGCCAGAGAAGGAACUACUGUAAGAGUUAAGAAAGUCCUGCCCAGCUGUUUGCGAACUUUUAAGAUUUCCUGUUUCCCCUGCAGGCAGGGCUGAAGCGGAGGAAAGUGAGUCACAUACACACAGGCACGCACGCACACCCGAGAGCAGCCGAGCCGCAGCUGCCCAGGCUGCCUCUGGCCGGGCCUCUCACUUUCACCGCCGCUGGUCCCCACCUUCGCUUCGGAGCUCCCCCAACCCCGAACGCCGGCCGCCCGCCUGCCUCAGAAAAGGGACUCCCUCGUUUUCUCCCCCCCCCCUCAGCGCCCUGCCGCCGCUUUCGCCGCCGCCUCAGAGCCCUCCAAAAGGAUAUAUACACAUACAUAUACAACACACAUAGGCACACACAAACAUGAGCGGGCUUCCCAAGCACGUUUUGAUGUGGAUCCUCCUGCACAGCACGGCUCCCCCGCUGGCUGGGGUCACAGCUGAAGAUCAUUUAUCCAGUGUAUUUGAUGGUCAAAUCAAAUUACGGGCACUUUGCAAGUUUUGUGAUGUUAAAUUAACCAGCUGCAAAAAUGAAGGCCGUUGCAAGAGUCAAUGCAAUAUCACAUCUAUCUGUGCUGACGAGAAUGAAGUAUGUGUAGCUGUUUGGAGAAGGAACGAUAAAAAUGUAACUUUGGAAACGAUAUGUCAUAAUCCCAAAAAAAAGCUCGAUGGGCAUGAACUGGAUGAUUUCAAUUCUGAUAAAUGUAUAAUGAAAGAGAAGAAGGAAGCUGGAGGAUUUCUGUUCAUGUGUUCCUGCAAGAUGGAAGAAUGCAAUGAUGAACUCAUUUUUUCCGAAGACAAUUCAAGUUACAGCUUCCCUUCCAGUGACAUUAAAGGUGUGAUCUCUAAAGUUGCAGUAAUAAGCCUCGUCCCAUUGCUUGUGAUUGCCGUUGCUGUUACUGUUAUCUUUUACUGUUACCGGAUUCAGAGGGCAAGGAAGAUGAACAUGUCAUGGGAGAAAAAAAAGUCCAGGACACAUAAAGAUUGCAGCGAUGUUUGUGCCAUGAUAUUGGAUGAUAACGGCUCUGACAUUAGUUCAACUUGUGCAAAUAACAUUAACCAUAAUACUGAGCUGUUGCCCAUUGAGCUGGACACCCUGGUAGGCAAAGGACGGUUUGCUGAAGUCUAUAAGGCUAAACUGAAGCAAAACACCUCAGAACAGUUUGAAACAGUGGCUGUCAAGAUCUUCUCCUAUGAAGAAUAUGCCUCCUGGAAGACUGAGAAAGACAUAUUCUCUGACAUAAACCUGAAGCAUGAGAAUAUUCUUCAGUUCCUAACAGCUGAGGAACGCAAGACAGAUCUAGGCAAGCAGUACUGGUUGAUCACUGCUUUCCAUGCAAGAGGAAACUUGCAGGAGUACCUUAUGAAACACAUCAUUAGCUGGGAAGACCUCUGGCGAUUGGGUGGAUCUUUGGCUCGAGGGAUUGCCCAUCUUCAUAGCGACCAUACACCUUGUGGCCGACCAAAGACACCCAUUGUCCACAGAGACUUAAAGAGCUCUAACAUAUUGGUCAAAAAUGACUUAACGUGUUGCCUGUGUGACUUUGGGCUGUCACUUCGACUGGAUCCUACUCUUUCUGUAGAUGACUUGGCCAACAGUGGGCAGGUUGGCACAGCAAGGUACAUGGCUCCUGAAGUCUUGGAAUCCAGAAUGAACUUAGAUAAUGUUGAAUCUUUCAAGCAGACUGAUGUGUAUUCCAUGGCUUUGGUUCUGUGGGAAAUGACAUCUCGCUGUAAUGGUGUUGGAGAGGUGAAAGAAUAUGAGCCGCCCUUUGGUUCUAAAGUGCGAGAACAUCCAUGUGUUGAAAGUAUGAAAGACAAUGUUUUAAGGGACAGAGGACGACCAGAAAUUCCUAACUCAUGGCUUAACCAUCAGGGCAUCCAGAAAGUGUGUGAGACUCUGGUCGAGUGCUGGGACCACGACCCUGAGGCCCGGCUCACGGCGCAGUGUGUAGCCGAGCGAUUCAAUGAUUUGGAGUACCAGGACAGACUCUCGGGAAGAAGCAGUUCUGAAGAGAAGAUCCCUGAAGAGGUCUCUGUGAAUGGAGCCAACUAACAUCCAACAAAGACAUGAGACUUGCAGGAAAGAGAGGAGGCUGGCCGCUCUUGUGUUCUGGGUGUGCAGCCUGGGAACAGGAAGAGGCCUUGUCUGUACACUCUGUGGCACCGGCGAUCUCACCUUUUCCUCUCCAUAGCAGUGCUGGAGAGAAGAAAAUUCAUUUUACAAAGAAGCUGUGGGCCAAGUAUCAUGUCAGGACAACAGCUUCUUUGAUCGUGGCAUAGGAUAAAAGCUACCCAAGCAAAUGAGAGUGUACAAAAUGCUAAUUGUGUUUGCACUUUAUCGAUGCCUGUAUAUGUAUAACUAUGGAAGAGCAAUUUUACGUAUGUAUAUAUAUACCUAUAUCUAUACACACAGCAAAGCUCUGUGAGGAAUCUUCCAGGAAAUAAUAGGAAAAUCCUGUAAGGGAUUGCCAGGAUAUCCACUGUCUUACCAGCAACAAAAGUGCCUUAUUCAUGCCUGCACACGCACGCAGACCAGAAAACUGUAGCAGUACACUGCAAAAUGCUAUACAUAGCUUCACUACUUUUUGGGGGGAUGAAGAGGUCACAAUGGCUAGAGUUCAGCCACUCAUUACAGCUUUUUUUUAAAAAAAAAUGCACAACUCUUUAAUGACUGUUCAGCUGGUUCCUGAACAUUUUAGAAUGUGGAGGUUUAGGGGUCUGUUGCUAGCCUGAUACAUUUUUCCCCCUUUCCGUCUUCCAAACCUCUUUGAGGUUGGAAAGUCAUGUAGUUGUUUUUCAUCCACGCCUAUACAGAGGAUUGUUAAUUCCUCCCCACUUUCUUUGAACAUGCAUUGGAUGUGAACAGCCUGCGCGCGCGCACGCACACACACACACACACACACACACACAGAGAGAGAGAGAGAGAGAGAGAAUAAGUUUCCCAACCUCUCACCCCAUUCUGCAAAAUCAGGAAGGACCAACUGUAGUUGAAACAGAUGUUUUAUAUUUGCUGUGCCUUCUGACGAAAAAAGAGAGUGUGAGAGAGUAGACUUCUGCUCUCCCUCCCUUUCUGGGAUCAGUAACAUCAUGUCUAGUUUCUUGAGCCCUUAAAUUCACACUUGAUUUCAUGCCUGGCAGAAAAGGAGGGGCAGCUUAUGAAUGUCUUCCAGAGUGUCUGGAAAUCUCUGAUGCCGUGGAAAAGGUUUUUGCCCUGUCUGUAUAGGCAGGCAUUGUCUUUAGGAUCCGCCUUUAAAUGUGCAUCGUAGCCAAGCCUGGCUGCAGCCCUUCCGAACUGCUGGCACUGUGAGCACAUUCUUCAACCAAUCCCCACAGGCAUGGCUUACAUUCUUUUAGUCUUCCAAAAUAUUUAGCUUUGGAGCUGGCCUCACAAGGAAUUUUAAAUGACAGAGUUUUGACUGUCCAAGUUUUCUUGCUAGAUUGUCAGACUCCUUGGUUUGUCUCAUGUCUGAAGGCCUGCAAACAUAGCUUCAAGUGCAUUCCAGGCUGCCUCCUUGUUUUCUAACAAGAGACCAUGAAUUGGUUGCCAGCCAUCGUUAAACUUACUCUCACCAAAAAUGACCUAAAAGAUAGGUCUUAUGUGGAAAUAUUUCGUCAUGCAGGUCAAGUAGCCCACCUGUCCCAGAGCAUUUGCUUUGUGUAUCCAGUAGGAGAGAAGAAAUAUAUUCAUAUAGGAAUUUAAAAAAAGGAUGGUGAAAAUAUUUAUUUUUUUAAAAAACUGCUCUUUGCGUCUUCUUUAUAUUAAAUUUCCUAGAAAUAUUUAAGCAUUACGUGGGGAAGGCUCAAGAAAAUGGAAUCCAGGUUCAAUAGCAAUGGGCUGUUUACUCAACUGUGGAGCUGCUGGCAAAAUGCAUCGGUCUAGCAAGGAAUAUUGCUAAACUGAGAUAGGAUCUACUGACCUCUAGUGGUGUUCUGCAGAUUAGCAUCCUUGGAAAAGCUGCAUAGGAAAGGAAAACGGGGAGCUUUACAGCAGUGGUUCUUAAAUUUUGUUACUCAGGUGUUUUUGAACUGCAACUCCCAGAAACCACAGCUGGCA